CUCUCAAACCCCGGCACUCGGGUCUUUUAUCAUAAAAAAAAGUAAACAAACAAAAAUUCGAUCUGUGAAAGAAAAUUAAGAGUAUUCACAUCCGAUCAAAUCGGAAAUGAGCAAGGGAACGUUGCAGCGGCGCGACUCCGCUUGCCAGGAGAAUAAUGAUCCACAAAAAAGUCGACGCAACUGCCACGAAUAUCGCUUCCAUCAGACGGAGAUUUAUCCAUCGAUCCGACCAUGGAUAUCGCGUUGCGAUGCCAGCAAGGAUGUGGCCAUUAACGAGUUGGCCAACGCCCCUCAGUCUGAUGGCUGUGGUCGACCCAUCGUCAUGAUCAAGGACGAUGGACUGCUCGCUUGGCAUCAAAGCCCCCACAAGGACACAUUGAGCUUCUAUGGCGUUGGGUUGACUGCCCAUCAGCCCGAGUCAGUGAAGUUCAACCAGCUGCUGGCCGCCUGCCUGGUCAAGGUCAGCGGCGGUGGCAUUCCGCGGAGAAGUCUCAAAAAGUCUUCAUCCGCACCCGUAAAGAUAAAUCCUGCCUGCAGUUUACUUACUUCUCAGAUUUGUAAGCCUUUUAUUUUGAACCGUCAAGCCCUAGAGUCGGAGCUCCAGCAAAUGCCUCGUGUGCAGCAGCAGUUGGAUCCUCGGAAAGCCUUUGAGGAUGUAUAUUGCACCAAUCCUCCCGAUCCCAGUGAUCCCUUUGGAGUGACUAGACAAUUUGGUGCUGUGAUAUCUAGAAAACAAGCCCUUGACAUGGUAACCAAACACAGGAAGGGCUCUUUUGGUCGUCGUCGUCGUCGCCACUGGUACUGUCCCAUGGAUUGCGAGAAACCUGGAAAUAAAUGCACUCAAUACGAGUGGGCCAAGUACAAGCUAGAUCCUCGUCCCUAUAACAACGAAUUUCGGGAUUGGCUUGAGGCACAAAAGGAGCAGAUCAAUCGGGAGCCAAGGAACUAUGACGAGCUAUACGAAAGGUUCCUUCAGUGCUUCGAACAGAAAGAUUCUCCAGAUCCAGAUUGCCAGAACUACGAGAAAUGCUGCAAGCCUAAGAAACCCAAAGAAGAGGACUUCCAAGGAGGCGGCGAUGGAGCUAGGGAUGGAGAUGGAGGUGGAGGUGGAGGUGGAGGUGGAGGUGGGGUGGAGGUAGAGUUGGGGAUGGAUAUGGACCCCCAAAAAUUGAAAGGCGUUCUGGUGAGCCUGAUAAACGAAAGGACGAUGACACGCCUGGAGUAUAAAGAUGUGGAAAAAGAAAAAGAUAAAAAUAAGGAAAAGGAAAAGGAUAAAAGUGUAAAGGAGGAGGAUAAAAAUAAAGAAAAAGCCCAAAAAGACAAACAAAAUACAAAAGAUAAAAAUGAUAAAAGCAAAAAUACAGCCAAGAAGGACUUCAUGGACGAAGAGGAAAAAGAGAAAUCCAAAAAGAAGAAACCAAGAGGAUCCUCAGUGUUCUCCGACAAAGGAAGACCCAGUGCAGUACCGGAUGUUAUGUGGGACAACUACUCAGAGAAACCCAGUGAAAAGCCAACAGUAACUGGAAGUGAAACGGAUUUCUUGAAGGAAUGGGACAAGCUCCAUCCCCCAAUACCAUCCAAGCCUUCAAAGAAGAAAAGGAAAAAGGUUAAGACGAAAGUUCAAAAUGAGGACAAGGACAAGGGUGAAGGCAGAAAGCCCUGCGAUCCCUGUCCACCGCCAGGUUGCAAGUGUGCGAUCUGCCAUUUUAUGGAUCGCAAUUAUAUGGAACCCGAAGCUCCCUUCAUGAGGGACAUGAGGCAGGCCGAGAAGAUGCGCCAGCUGCGUGCAUAUUACAAGCAAAUGCGCCACCGUGACUAUAUCCAGUGCCGAAAUGGACCGGAAAACCGGGCACCCAGGCAUAACUGCGAUCCCAUUUACUGCACUAAAUUCUUUUGCCGAAAUCCUCGACUCGCCGAUCACUGCGAUUCCCUUGGUGCCGUCCAGAAUCUACAGAAGCUCCUCUCCGUCACCAAUGACAGCAAGGAUAACUGCAAGUUGCUCCAACGUGUCGAGAAUCUACGGAGAAGGCUCUGUCAGCGUAUCUGCGAUUGCAUUUUGCCGUAAAAGAGUUCAGUUUUAGUUUGUAACUUGCAAAGGGAGAGAAUCUAUUUCAUUGGCAAUAAAAAUGUUUUGGCUGUACAAGAA